AUGAGUGAAGAUAAGAAAGGAGAAAAAUAUGAAAUGAAAACCGUUGCUCAGGAUGCAAGAUACCAUAAUUGUAAUUGCACAAAUUGGUGUUUGGAUGCAUUUGUUGAUUAUCACAAGUGCAUCAGGCUCUUGGGGGAAGGGAGCGAGCGCUGCGAACAGUUUUGCAAAAUUUACAAAACUGUAUGUCCUAACGAUUGGAUAAAAAGAUGGGAAGACCAAAUUGAGAAAGGUACAUUCCCAUGCGAUUUACCGGCAAAACCAAAUUGCGAAAAAUAG